GAAUGUUUACAUGAACUACGAUGAGAAGAAAGUAUCUGGAAAAUAAAAGAUGAACCCACUGGAUGCAACGAAAUCAGGAUUCUUACUGUGCAUUGCUGUCUGUAUGUUCAUCUACACUUUCAGCUACCUGAAGGAUCUGCUUUCUGAGGGGCAAAAUCAGCACAAAUUUCACAUGAAAAGAGCAGAGUGUGGUUUUUACCCUGAUGAACUCUGUUCAGCUCUUUUUGUGGGGAAAAAUGCUGCCUUGAAAAUUGGCAAUUCCUGCCAGAGCACCUACCAACCCAAACCACUCAGCUGCAUCCAGACCUCCUGCAACUGCUCCACAGUGCUGCAGACUCUGCAUUUCAUCACCAGACCACUGUCAGCUGAAGAAGGGAGUUUCUCCUUGGCCUACAUCAUCACAAUUCACAAGGAGCUGGAAAUGUUUGUGAAGCUGCUAAGAGCUAUUUAUAUGCCUCAGAAUAUUUACUGCAUACACGUUGAUGAAAAGUCACCCAGAGAUUACAAAGUUGCUGUACAGAACAUAGUUAACUGCUUUGAAAAUGUUUUUAUUUCCUCUAAGAGAGAACACGUUGUUUAUGCAGGAUUUUCAAGAUUACAAGCUGAUAUUAACUGCAUGAGAGACCUGGUGCAUUCCAAAGUUCAGUGGAAUUAUGUGAUUAACCUCUGUGGUCAAGAUUAUCCCAUUAAAACAAAUAAAGAAAUUAUCCAAUACAUCAAAAGUAAAUGGAAUGGUAAAAAUAUCACUCCUGGGGUAGUCCAACCACUUCAUAUGAAACACAGGACACAGGUUAGUUACAGGGAGUAUGUCCAUUCUGGAAGGUCAUAUGUGUAUCCAACACAGACUAAAAAAGCUAAACCUCCACAUAAUUUGACAAUCUAUUUUGGCAGUGCCUACUAUGUCCUCACUAAGGAAUUUGUAGAGUUUACACUGACUGAUGCACGUGCAAAGGCCUUGCUGGAAUGGUCCAGAGACACGUACAGCCCGGAUGAACACUACUGGGUCACACUGAAUCGUUUACCUGAUGCUCCAGGGGCUACACCCAACGCAGACUGGAAGGGAAACAUAAAAGCCAUUAAGUGGAAAGAUCAAGAAGGAACCUCACACAAAGGCUGCAAAGGUCACUACAUCAGAGACAUUUGUAUCUAUGGCCUAGGGGAUUUGCAGUGGAUUAUUGAGUCACCUCAUUUAUUUGCCAACAAAUUUGAGCCUGGAACAUAUCCCCUGGUUAUGGACUGCCUGGAGAGACGUUACAGGCUCAGAGUGCUGAGCCAGGCAGAGGUUCCCAUCGAAGGCCACUGGCGUCUGCAGGAGCACAACUACUUCAACAUGAGGCUGGAAGUCUGA